AUGAACUCCUUAACUGUUGUAAAGGUCUGUAUUUUACACUCAUUAAUAAAGAUACAGGUAAUUUUAAACUUAUCUUAGGUACUCUAAAGUUUAAAAGCAAAUUCAUUAUUAGUACUCAAGGUUAUAAAUAAUCGUAUAUUAACAAUUAUAUUUUUUUACAUCAUUUCGAUGACAAAGUAAAACUUAGUGUCAGCAAGUAUAGUAGUCUAGGUGAAUGAAUAAUUGCAUUUUUAUUUACACUAAGAAUUUUUCAAAUUUUUUCAAAUUUCUGAUAUGCCUUACUUUUUGUCGGUUGAGAGCAAUGGCAAACUUUCAAUUUUUAAAUUACAAAAUGGAAAUGUUUAUUUAAAAGAAAUGAAAUCAAAAAAGAUAGGCAUUUAUAAAAUUUUGAGUUAAACAUCAGAAAUUAUGACGGUUGAGCCUUUCGAUAUCCAUAAUCUAUAAUUAAAAAUAACACCUCAAAUCACUCCAAUUAUCCAAUAAAAUUUUGAUAUUUAAAUAAAUAUUAGUCUAAACUAUAUAUAGGAAACACUCCCUUUGACAUUAUUCUCAAUUGAAUAAAAUGGGUAGGAAAUAGAAUUUGAUGAAGGCUUUGAAGGUUUUCAUGAAGCUACUGUUAAAGAUGAAUCCAUAAAGAAUGUGUGGUAUUUGAAAUUAGAAUUAAAUUAAAAUAUCAUCAUUUAGGAAUUCUAAACUUAUAUAUUAAUAAAAAUGUUUUUAGAUUAAAACUUAAUUAAAGAAUUCAAGAUAAUAAUUUUAUAGAACUAUAUUUUAUCUCUUGUGGAUGCCUUUUAGUAGUCAAUAAUUAUAGUUUAUGAUUACUUUAUAUACAUUUAUAGCUUUUAGAACUUUCAGAUAAUUAAUUGGGUCUCUUAUUAUACAGAUGAGAUUAUUAUUGCAAGUAUUUAUAAUAACUAAAUCUGGAUACUCUUUAAGUCUUGUAUAUUGUAUGAAAUAGAUAUAUCUAAAUCCCUUAAUUAGAAAACUUUUCAUUAUUUCAAAGUGCACAAAGGUUGUAGAAUAAAUUCAUUUUAUACUAAUAGUUUAAUAAUUUAGGAUCAAGAAAUCUUUUAUAAACCGAAAAAUAAAAUUACAUAUCAAUUAAAAUUUGAAUCCAGAAUAAUUGAUGUAAUUAUUACACAAAUUUGGGAUUAGCUAAUCAACACAUACUUUCUACCUAUUAUUCAAGAGGAAUAAGGCAUUAAAAUAAGCCUUUAUAUUAUUGAUGUAUAGGAAAUUGUUCAUUUAUAUAAUCUUCCAUUCUACUAAUAUAAACCUAUACAGCCAUUAAAUUAUAAACUUUAAUCUCGAUAUUUUAUGAUAGUUGUCUUAGAUGAUUCAAAUGAGAAUUGCUUACUAAUCUAUAAUAUUAAAAAUUAAGGAAAAAAAUCACUAAUAAAGAUUAUAAAAUUUCAUAAAGAGUAAAUAGUGUAUAAUUUUAUAGAAAAUUAAGACAUUAUCAUUUAUAUUAAGGAUGGGAAAAUUAGAUUUAAUAAGAUCUAGGAAAUUAAUUUUAAGCUAAAUUGUUUUGAUUAAAUAAAAAAUAAGAUAGAUUUUUACACAAUCAAAAAUUUAAAUGUCAAAUUCGUAUCUUUAAUUAAAAGUCUUAAUUAAUAUAUAUACAUGCCUUUAAAAAUACUUCAUCUAAAUACUAUUUAAACCUUAGCAAUAAUCAAUAAUUAAGUCUAAUUGAUCAAUUAAAAUGGAUACUUGAAUCUUAGCAACAUUUACGGUAGAAUAGAUAAAAUUGAGUUGAUCCAUAAUAAUAGCUUUAUUGAAUUUAAUCCAGUAAGUUAUACAUGGAAUAGAAUAGAGUGCAUUUUUUAUAAUAAUGAUGUCUGCUAGAUUAGUAAAGAAAGAUUUAUGAUCAAUUUUUUUACAAAGGGCCAAAAUAUUUACACAUAAAAAUUCAUUUAAAAUGUUUAAUCAGCAAUUUAUGAUAAAGAAUAGUCUAAAUAUAUUUUGAUAUGCUUUUCCGAGGUUACAUUUACUGUAACGUAUUUUGAAUUAUAUCUCAAGUUUACUGAAACUUUAAAUGCUAAACUAACCAAAAUCGAGAAAUUAGAAUAGACUUUUGAGUUUCAUUAUGGUGAUUUUCAUACUUAUGUUAAAUCCUAUUACUUUUUAAAUUUAAUGAUUUUUUCAAAUAAGGGUAAAUAAAAUCUAAUUCUAUAUAAAAAUAACAAUGCUUUGAUUAGAUUAAAUGAAAUAGAAAAAGUAAUUCAGUAAUAAAUUCUUGAUUGUUAUUAAUUGGAUGAAACAACUUAUAUGAUUGCAUAAAUUAAUGAGCAUUAAGAACUAGAGUUUUUUUUAAUUCAAAUUAAUAUCCUUGAUAAUAUUCCAAAUCAAACUAUUCUAUUUAAAUAAGCUUUUGGCAAUUAUAAUCAAAUUGAUGACUUCGAUUUUAAAAGCACGCUGUUAAUAAUCAAGAUAAUUUCAAUAUAUCAAUUAUAAAAUUAAAACUUCAACAUGUAAUACUUAUAAUGCGGAUAGUCUCUCUCAUUUUGUGUAAUUAAGAUUUUAAGAUUUAAAUAAACUCAUUAUAUAGAUUAAACUGUAAUUGCUCUUCUAAGAAUUGAAACCUAUAAUUAUUAAACGGAACUUGUAUAUAUAGACUCGCAAAUUGUGAUAUUUCAAUAGAAGAUUGAUGAAGACUUAUUUUUAAUUAUUUAUGAUAUCAGCGAAUUACAUUUUAAAAGAGAGUUAGACUAUAUUUAAAGAAUUCCAAUACAAAAUCAUACUAAAAUUGAAAAAUAUAACUCAAGCCAUUAUUCAAUGUAACAAAUAAUAUAAGUUUAUAAUUUAUCAAUUAAGUAUCAAAACUAACAAUAAAUAUAUCAGGAUUCAAUUUAAAACAAAAAGAGUAUUGGUAAAAUUAUUAGAGUAAAUUAAUCAUUAUUAAUUUAACAAAAAAAGGGGAAAAAAUUGAAUUAAUUUAAUAUAUUUGUUUUUAUAUAAAUAUACAAAUAACUUGAUUAUUAUUAGUUGAAUGUGUCACAUGUGGAACAAGAUAUAUUCCAAAUACAGAACCUUGAUAUACAGAGAACUAAAUAAUAAUGUAAAUAAUCGAAAAAAACACUGGACUAAAUGCUAAUAAGAAUAUAUGAAUAUUAUUCUUGCGAUUCUGGUAAUACUGCCACUGGAAAUGUAAAGUAAGAAUUUGUGCUGAUAACACUUCAGCCACAUCAGAUGCUGAAAGUUGUACUUAUUAGAAAGGUUGUAUUAUAAAGGGAACUGGAUGCGCUGAUGCAAGAUCAUCAUGCGAUACAUUUAAAGGAGAUCAAGCCACUUGUGCUAAAUUCAUAGGAAGGUCAAGGAAAGGAUUAUGUAAGAACACUUGAGCUGCUUUAACUACAGCUACUUGUGCAAAGAAGAAAUGCUGUGAUGUAUCUGGUAAAAAUAAUAAGGAAUGUAGUAAUGUUAUGCCACCAUCGAAAAGUACAUAUAAUCCCUUCUGUAUUUUUGAUGGAACUGGUUAAUUGUAGUACAUUCAAUGGAACUGAAGAAACAUGCCCAAAGUUUUUGGCUAAAGAUGAUCCAUGCAAAUCUACCACAGUUGGAAUAUUCAAAGGAACAUGUGCAAAGAGAGUAUGCACAGAAGCACCAAAUACACUUGCAGCUAAUGCUGGUUAUUAGAGAUAUCAUAAGGAUUCAUACUGGUUGUGGAUGCACAGCUACUAAAUCCUGAAGCAAUUUGACAUCACAACCCACUUGUAAAUUAAGAGAAGAAUACACAUGGGCAAAUUAAUGUAUAGCUUCUAUUACAAUAUGUGCCACUUAUAACAAUACUAGUUACUAUAAUUUCCGUGCUUGGUAAGAAUCUAAUUCAAUAUGCAGAACUAAAGAAUGUAAAGAUUAAUCAGAAACCAUUAAAGCUUUUCUGAUAAUUUCACUAUAUCAGUAGAUGGUUGUUUAAUUAUUUCAAAAUGUGCAUCUUUCAAGGCUCAAUUUGUCUGUUUAGCCUGCUCAACUUCUAAAGAUGUAGUAGCUAGAUGUUGUUUGGAUGCCGCAAAAAUUAAAUGCAGAGCUAGGAUUUGCGGUGACAAGAAUGGUUUAACUGAUGUGAAUGUAACUCCUCCUUGUGAAUGA